AUGAAAUUUUUACACGUAAAACAAGGAACGGAAGGUGAGCAAUCCAGUCUCAGCACCCAGACAUCACACGGCCAGAACAAGCUCAAGCGGCUAUUCAGCAUGGGAAGCUCGGAUUCGGUUCUUCAUUCGCAUGGCAGUCCAAGCAUCAAAACCAAACGCAAGCCCUCAAUUCUGCCCACAAAUAGCAAUCACAAAUCCGAGGGACUAACACCAAACAAGGCAGAUGAGCUAGGACUGCCUGAAAUAUCAUCAGUGAAAUCGCGCUCGAAGUCGCGGCAGAGACCGACUAAGACUGCGAAAUCCGAUAUGGCGUCUGUAAACGAAGAUAGCAGCAACAUUUCCAUGGCUCCGGUCAAAUUGACGGAGGAUUCGUUUCCCUCGGCUCCCCCAUAUGUCACCAAAAAGAUACUGACCGAUGUAACCACGGGCGAUGAGACUUCGACGUUGGGACAUGCCAUUAGUAAUAAGGUGGAUAAGAUUGAGAGCAUAACGCUGUCUCCCGAGACAUUACGAAAAGGGGACGAGCAAGAUCUGGAGGAUUUGAGUGCCGAUGAAGACAACAACAAGACAGAAGGUUUUCUGAACACGAUCAUCACUGCGCUGCAUUCGAUGAGGUCUCAUUCAGAUGUGAAUUCUAUAGAUCAUGAUGCCGACAAGGAUAGUGCUGAAAAGAGGAAGAAUCUGAACGAUAUACUGAAAGAUCUUCGAAACAGUGGAGCCACACAGCAACAAUCGCAGUUGUUGAUCAACGAGAUCGAAAAACAACAAAGAUCUCAACAGAGUGAACUCAUAAGCCCCUCGUUUGUGCCUUUGAAGCAGGCCCCCUUGACUACCAUGGGAAAGGGUAACUUGAAUUUAUCAUUCUUUGAUAAAGGCUCUGAAACGAACUCUAGACAGCAUCUUCUGGAAGAUCUUACCAGUACAAGCACACCGAGAAAGAAUCUAUCGUUCACGAUACUAGAUUCCAAAGGAUCAGAAAGGAAUUUGUCCCCUCGAGGACGUAUGGAGAGGAAUCCAUCUACAGACAAGAGGAAGAACUCGCGCAAUCCUGUUUCCGCAUCUACCAGAACAGCCCUAGAUGCGACAAAAAGCGGGUCAGAUUCAAAAGAUACCAACGGAGCUGGCAAUUUGAACGGGGAGACAGAUGAGAAUGCCAAACUGAAGAGACCCCGGAACUCGUUUAGGUCUUCGAAGGGCCCACCUACUCUUACAGACAAUACCGACAAUGGCGAGGAAGAAUCGACCUCUGUGACAAAUGGGGUUGUGCCUUCACUAGCUGGUGCUGAUACCCCUAUUCCUGAUGAAAAACACCAGGCUGAGUUCCACCAAUUGUUUAAGAACAUACCCAGUUCCGAGAAGCUUGUUGGUGACUAUGUUUGUGCAAUGCGGAAAAAAGUGUUGAUUCAAGGACGACUAUAUAUCAGUGAGAGUCAUGUCAAUUUCAGGUCGAAUUUGGUUGGUUUCGUGACAAAUAUGUCUAUUCCAGCAGGAAAAAUAGUGCAGAUUGUGAGGAAAAACACAGCUGGAGUCAUUCCGAAUGCAAUUGAGAUACGAACAUUACAUGAUCGAUACGGCUUUGCCUCGUUUGUGAACAGAGACUCUGCUUUCGAGAUGCUGACAAACGUAUGGGAUAAGGCCUUGCAUGGAUCAGAGAGAAGGACCGAUGUGAGAAUAUCGUUGAACGAUUUCUCAGAUGAUGAGGACGAGUAUGACUUUAGCUCAGAUGAAGAGAGUGUGAGUAACAACAACCAUAGCAGGUCUGGUUUACUGCUAGACAGUGACGACAAUUCCGAUGACGAUCAGAGUGUUUCUGAUCAAUCAAACAUGACCAGGAGCGAUGCCGAAGAGAAAGACAUUAGUGGUGCCAAUGGAAGCACCGGAGGUGAUUCUUUCAACGGAAUACCAAUGGUCGGACCAAGAACGCAUGCUGUUACUGAUAACGGUCAUCAGAAGGAAGCUGGCGAGAUCGAGGUUGCCGAUGAUGUAAUCAGUGCCCCUCUCGGAGUGGUUGCUAGUCUUCUACUUGGAGAUGAUACUUCUUUUGCCAAGCAGAUUUUGGUUGCACAGAAAAAUUUUGCGAUAUCUGAUAUUCCACCAUUCAGUGGAACGCUCAAGAAGCGGUCUUACUCAUACACAAAACCACUGGGAGGACCGAUUGGACCCAAGCAAACUGUUUGUAAAAUCGAAGAGUCCAUCGAGAAGUAUGAUCUGAACGGGUGUGUCAUUUCAAUACAGUCUACACAGACUCCAGACGUGCCUAGUGGAAACUCUUUCAAGGUGCGGACGAAGACUUAUCUUUCUUGGGCCCCACAGAACCGCACUCGUGUAUAUGUGGUGACGAUGUGUGUUUGGAGUGGGAGGAGCUUGAUCAAAGGCGCAGUAGAAAAGGGCACGAUCUCAGGACAAAAGGAAUCGAUGGAAAUUCUGCUGAAAGAGCUGAAGAGCAAAGUCGCCAGUGGUUCCGCUAUGGGACGGUCCGGUUCUUCACAGAAGAAAAGGAGGACGAAGUCAAGCUCGAAAUCUUUAACAGAGCCCAAACAGGUCGAAGUGGUGCCCUCAGAGCCCGUUCAAACCGGCUGGUUGGACAUACUGUUUUCAACUACAGGAAUCCAGAUUGCGAUCUGCAUCACGCUGGUGGUGUCAGUCUACUUGGUGUUUCUCCAUCGCCCCGCAGGACCCAAAACGGGGUUCGGGCCACCGUCAAACAGGCCAGAAUACUUUUCGCGUACAACCUUCAGCUCAGAUAACUACCUCCGCGACAAGAGCGAGUAUGAGAUCUGGGAUUGGAUAGAAAAACGCAACGGCGAUUCCGAUUCUGCAUUUGUCAAUAGCAACGCACCAGGAACUCCUAGCGAGUUCCGCAAAAAACACUCCAACCAGCAACUAAAGGAGAUGAUUACGCUUCUGCAGGAGCGGCUGGCAAAACUGCAACAAGACAUGGAAUGA